AUGGCUAUUAUGAUACAGAUGGUACUGGAAAUAUUGGAGGACAGUGUAAUGCAAGUAGAGAAAGACCUAGGAGAAACAUGUACGGAUGUCUCCCAAUGUAGUGACACAAAUACGAUAUGUAGCUCUACCUGUCAGUGUAAAGUUGGCUACUAUGAUACAGAUGGUACUGGAAAUAUUGGAGGACAGUGUAGUGCAAAGAAAGACCUAGGAGAAACAUGUACGGAUGCCUCCCAAUGUAGUGACACAAAUACGAUAUGUAGCUCUACCUGUCAGUGUAAAGUUGGCUACUAUGAUACAGAUGGUACUGGAAAUAUUGGAGGACAGUGUAGUGCAAAGAAAGACCUAGGAGAAACAUGUACGGAUGCCUCCCAAUGUAGUGACACAAAUACGAUAUGUAGCUCUACCUGUCAGUGUAAAGUUGGCUAUUAUGAUACAGAUGGUACUGCAAAUAUUGGAGGACAGUGUAAUGCAAAGAAAGACCUAGGAGAAACAUGUACGGAUGCCUCCCAAUGUAGUGACACAAAUACGAUAUGUAGCUCUACCUGUCAGUGUAAAGAUGGCUAUUAUGAUACAGAUGGUACUGGAAAUAUUGGAGGACAGUGUAAUGCAAAGAAAGACUUAGGAGAAACAUGUGUUGAUGUCUCCCAAUGUAGUGACACAAAUACAAUAUGUAGCUCUACCUGUCAGUGUAAAGAUGGCUAUUAUGAUUCAACUGGUACUGGAAAUAUUGGAGGACAGUGUAAUGGAAAGAAAGACUUAGGAGAAACAUGCACGGAUGUCUCCCAAUGUAGUGACACAAAUACAAUAUGUAGCUCUACCUGUCAGUGUAAAGAUGGCUAUUAUGAUUCAACUGGUACUGGAAAUAUUGGAGGACAGUGUAAUGGAAAGAAAGACUUAGGAGAAGCAUGCACGGAUGUCUACCAAUGUAGUGACACAAAUACAAUAUGUAUCUCUACCUGUCAGUGUAAAGAUGGCUAUUAUGAUACAGAUGGUACUGGAAAUAUUGGAGGACAGUGUAAUACAAGUAAGUAUCACUAUUAUGUACUAGACAAAUGCAAAACAGAAAUACAUGAAAAAAUGCUUUGA